CACACAGAGGAGGGCUUGCUGCUUUUUUCUUUUGUUUGACCUCCUCUGCAAAAAUGCACGCCUCACCUCUAUUUCCUCAAGCUUCCUUACAACCCAUAACACCUUUCGAGCCGUAAAUCUGACAACCCCUUCCAUGUUUGAGGGACUUAACGGAAGAUUAUCAUUAGCUCCUCAAAACAUCUCGGUAUGUUCUCUAAAAAAACUCAUGGAGAUGUCAGGAAAUCGACACAGAAAGUGCUGGACCCCAAGAAGGACGUGCUGACAAGAUUGAAACAUCUGAGAGUCGUUAUUGAAAAUGCAGAGCCUGCUGAACUCAAACACCUCUUCGAGCAGAAUUACUCCCACAUCUACUAUGUGUUCUUUGAAAACUUUGUCUCCAUCGAGGUUAACCUGAAACAGAAAGGUCACAAAUCACAACGAGAAGAGCUUGAUUCUAUUCUUUUUAUAUUUGAGAAAAUCCUACAGCUGUUGCCAGAGCGAAUACAAGGAAGAUGGCAGUUCCACAGCAUAGGUCUCAUUCUGAAGAAACUGCUACACACUGGAAACUCCCUAAAGAUCCGGAGGGAAGGGGUGCGUCUCUUCCUUCUGUGGAUGCAGGCUCUGCAGCACAACGCUCUGAGAGAGCAGCUCUGGAUCUUCGCCUGUCUAAUCCCAGGAUUCCCUGCACCACAGUCUGAGCUAGGCCCUCGAACCCUGGAUAAUCUGAUCAGCCCUCCCCUUAACCUUCAGGAGCGUGAAGCUCAAGUGACUCCAGAGGAGAUCAGUCCCCUGGUGCCACCCCAGUCAGGAGAUAAAUCCCAGGAAGAUCUCACUGGCUACUUCCUUGAGGCUCUACUUAAAUACAUGGUAAACCAGGCCAAAAGUCUAGAGUGGAAAUGCAAGGAGAACCACGAGAAGGGGUUCUCCUUCCUAUUCGCCAAUUUCAAAAAAUAUUACCUGGCCCAUAUCUUCCCCAACUUCUCCAAGGAGACAAGUUUGUACAAUCCUAUUCUGGAGGUUCCAUCUUUGAGACCAAAGCCUUACUACAUAGUUGUAAAAAGAGACCCAGAGACCAAUGAAGCCCUGUACUGCACUAAAGAGAACUUCCUCAAUGCCAGAGUCAUAUUUAUCCGCUGGCUGGUCUCCUUCUGGCUGGAGCCGCGGUCAAACACAGGAACACACAUCCCUGGCAUGGAAGGUGAAAACGUGCCAAAGAACAUCCAGAGAGCGGCGGCAGGCCUUGCUGCCCGAGGGGAGGAUGGUGGCCUGAGACCAGAUGGUCUGGAUGGGGGUGGGACUGGUGAGCCAGAGCAGUCGCACUCCAACACCAGCACCCUGACGGAGAGAGAGCCCAGCUCCUCCAGCCUCUGCAGCAUGGACGAAGAACACCUCACAGACAUUGAGGUGGUGCGCAGAGUCCUUUGCUCCUCCAGAACCAACGUCAACUUUAUCACUGAAAUCUUUCGACAGGCGUUCCUGCUGCCCAUGUGUGAGGCCGCAGCCAUGCGUAAGGUGGUGCGGGUGUAUCAAGAGUGGAUCUCUCAGCAGGAUAAGCCUGUGUUUAUGAGAGAACCAGAGGAAGACCAAUUCACAGGCCAGCCGGACUCCACCCACGAGCAGAGAACUGAUAAAGAGGAGGAGGAUAUUGGGCUCACAGUGUCCAUUCACAGUCGAAACCCUAAUUGGUGUAGGAAUUCUGGGAGUAAAUCCUCUGAUUCUGAGGUAUUGGAAUAUAAUGUCCAUGCUGGUGUCCAGGCCACACUACAGGUUUUCAUCACCAACUCCUCUAACGUCUUCCUUGUGGAGGCAGCCAAUGAGCUGAAGUCACUUCUGGAAGAGCAUGUUGACAUGUGCAAGCGUGUACUCAAUAUAUACCGCAGUCUGGUCAUGCAUGAAUCCAUGAGCCAGAAGACCUGGGAGCAGAUCUUGCUGGUGUUGCUAAGAGUAACGGAGUGUGUGAUGAAGAGGCCUCCAUCUAUUAUGCCUCAUGGGAAGAAGAGUAACACUUUAUCGGGCCGUUUGGCGGGAGCCAUUUUUCAGACUCUGAUCGUGGCCUGGAUCAAAGGGAAUCUGAAUGUGUACAUCUCUCGGGAGCUGUGGGACGACUUGCUGUCUGUACUCUCAUCUCUCACCUGCUGGGAGGAGCUGGUCACUGAGUGGUCUCUCACCAUGGAGACACUCACCAAGGUACUAGCACGUAACCUUUACAGCCUGGACCUGAACGAGCUGCCCCUGGACAAGCUCAGUGAACAGAAACAGAAGAAACACAAAGGCAAAGGUGGCGCCCACGAGUGCCAGAAAAUCACUGUGGAUAGGUCGUUCUCCAAAGGCUGGAGUCGAGACCCACCAGGCCAAGCUGCUGUCAUGAGACAGCGCAGCGCUACCACUGCUGGCUCACCAGGCAUCGAGAAGGCCAGAAGCAUCGUCAGACAGAAGACAGUGGCUCUGCGUAGUUGCUCUACGGGGGACAGUCUGCUGUCCUCAGCCUUUAUCCGCAGUGCUAAAAGUGCACCUGUCCUGAUCCACCCCGUACACCCUCUCCUGCCUGGUUCUGUCCUCACUCCCCUAGCUGACGAUCUGUCAGACAUGGAGGAACCUCCAAUGGCCCAACGGGGGCCCCGGAUCCGCCACUGCUCUCAAAGUGAGGAGACCCCGUCGUCCGAGGUGUUUUCUGCCUCCGGCGAGCUGGAGCAGCCCCCACUCCCCCGCAGCAGCAGCGCCUCUGACAUCAUGGAGCCCUUCAUCGCAGAACGGGUCAAAGGUGCACUUCCUGUCUCUGACAGCCCCUCUCAUUCCUCCCACUUAACCACCACCACCUCUGAGUCCCCCCACAGUUCCCUAACCCCACACCAACCCCCUGACAGCCAGGUAUCCCUGGAGGUGAACGAAAGCAUCUAUGAUCAUCUCUGCCAGAUGCCGGGGCAGGAACCCCCAUUUAUCCCCGAUUGGUCCUGUCCAGCGGCAGCCUCGAGCAAUCAAAACGAGGGCGAAGGGGAGGAGGACGUCUUCAGCACUUUUAGGGAGUUUUGUAGCAAGCAGGAAGUGAAGGUGGAAGCAGGUGCAGAUAACAGGCAGGUACAGUUUGGGGGAAGUGGGGAUUGGGCGCUAGAAUGGGAUAAAGAGAUGGAGCAAAGCGAGAAGAGUUUUUAUGAGUGUUUAGAAGAAUGUGAUUGGGAUUUGAGUGUUAGUACGCAGCCAGCAGAGGGCAGCAAAGUCACACAGCUGCACCACCAGAAUGCCACAGACAGGGCUAGUGAGAGCGAGCUUAGUCCGCAGGCUUCCCAGGUUGUCCCAAGUCCCAAACUAUCCCAUGUUGAUCCCAAAAAACGCCACAGCGGUGGUGUCCACGUCAGCUUCCGCCCAUCCACAGAGUCUGUGCAGUUUCACAACCCCCUGGACCCCAAAGAGGCGCACUGGAAGACCCGUCUCCGCCGUCUUGGCCACUUCAGCAGCCACUCGGUUGGGGCGAGCGGGGCAGCAGCGAAGGGUGUUGGGGAGGGGGUCACCUGUUGCGAGGCCGUCGAACGGGAUAAAGGCUCCAUCAGUGGGGCUAGACGCGGCCGACUCGGCAGGCCAACCGUCCGCCCGCAGGGAUCCCGCUCUAGGUCUCAGGAGUCAGGGUGCAGCCCGUCACGGCAGCAGCAGGUGGCGCUGCUGGGCGGGGUGUAUAAGUCUAUGGUCCAUGCUCUCUCCAAACCCAAGGCCCAGGCAGUGUCACCCCAGCGUCACAGCAAAACACCAGCCACCGAGGCUCACCUGAAGGACCUGUACACUCACGUAAUGGGCUAUUUUGGAAGAAAAACUUCAGCCAAUAAAGAUGAGCUGACGCCGAAGAUGCGGCCCAUGUCCAACGAUGUUGGCAGCAGCAACCCUAACGACAGUGACCUCAUGGAUGAGUUCAUUCAGGAAAGACUGAGAGCCAGAAGCACUUCUGGCAUGACGAGGCGUGGGAGUAGCCCGGGAAGUCUGGAAAUCCCCAAAGAUCUACCAGAGCUCCUGAACCGUCAGAAUGCUACGCGUCCUGCAGACGACCCCGGUGUGCCCUCUGAGUGGACCUCCCCAGCCAGCGCCAGUGGAAGUGACCUCAUAAGCUCCGACAGCCAGUCAGAUUCCUUCAAUGCUUUUCAGUAUGACAGCAAGUUUGAAAAUUUCAGCUUCCCCCCUGAAACGUGUGCUCUGGCCUCUGUGGAUCAGGAUAGUUUGGGAGGAGCAGGACAGACCACAGAGGAGCAGGAGCUUUCCAGUCUCACAACAAUCCACAUCGACUCUGAGACCAGCAGCCUCAGUCAGCACGGGCUGUCUGCUGACACGGUCACCAUCACUGGUUCUGAAAGCGCAUCUCCAAUGCAUUCUCUGGGAGGUUCACGAUCGCAGACACCGUCCCCUGCCACCCUGACCGCAGAACACGUCCAGCAUAAAGAACUGCAGCUGGAUGAGAAAAUGCACCACUCUGUGCUGCAGACCCCUGAUGACCUUGAAACCAGUGAGUUUCCGACAGAGGACUGUAGUGUGAUGGCUGGUGGCACUCUGACCGGCUGGCAUGCUGAUGUUGCCACAGUGAUGUGGAGGAGAAUGCUUGGCAUUCUGGGAGAUGUCAACUCCAUCAAGGACCCUGAGAUCCAUGCGCAGGUCUUUGACUACCUCUGCGAGCUCUGGCAGAACCUGGCCAAGAUCAGAGACAAUCUCGGGAUUUCCCUUGACAACCAGUCUUCUCCACCCCCACCAGAUCUGAUUCCACCUUUGCGGAUUCUGACUCCCUGGCUUUUCAAAGCCACUAUGUUGGGUGAACGCUAUAAGCAGGGCAAACUCCACGCCUAUAAGCUGAUUUGUAAGAUAAUGAAGAGAAGACAGGAUGUUUCACCCAACUCUGACUUCCUUACGCACUUCUACAACAUCAUGCACAGCGGCCUGCUUCAUCAAGACCAGGACAUUGUUAACACCAUCAUUAAGCACUGCUCACCACGAUUCUUCUCUAUUGGACUUCCGGGAGCCACUAUGCUCAUCCUGGACUUCAUAGUUGCAGCAAGCCGUGUAACCGCCUGCUCAUCCCUCAAUGCUCCACGGGUGGAGGCUCAGAUUUUGUUGGGCUCCCUGGUGUGCCUCCCAAACUUGUACAGUGAACUCCCUGCCCUGCACCCUACAACAGCUGACAUCCUCAUGACGAAAUUCACAGACGUCAAGGAGCAUAUAAUCAAGCAUAUCCUGACCUCUGCCAGAGAUGAGCCUUCUGCACCAGCAAGGUGUGUGGCUCUCUGUAGUCUGGGUAUUUGGCUCUGUGAAGAGCUGGUUCAUGGCACUCAGCAUCCGCAGAUCAAAGAAGCACUCAAUGUCAUCUGUGUCACCCUCAAGUUCUCAAAUAAAACCGUUGCCCUGGUGGCCUCGGACAUUUUGCACCUGCUCAUAAAUUAUGUGGACGAACUGCAGAAAUUCCCGCCGGACACUCCAAAGAAAAUAGUGGAGGUCCUUAUUGCAACCAUCACUUACCUUCUUCCAGCUACAGAGUCUUCCCCUCAUGAGCUGGAUAAGAGGCUGGUUGUGUCUCUGCUACUGUGCUUGCUGGACUGGGUGAUGGCUCUACCUCCCAAAACUCUCCUGCAGCCGAUCCAAAGAGCCUCAGACAAUGAGAAAACUGACAAGUCCAUACUCAGCUGCAUCUAUAAAGUCCUCCAUGGCUGUGUAUAUGGAGCUCAGAGCUUCAGCAACCCCAAUUACUUCCCCAUUCACCUGUCAGACUUGAGCAGCCCAGACUACGACCCCUUCCUACUACUGGAGAACCUGAAGGAGCCAGAGCCACUCCAUUCACCUGACUCUGAACGCUCCUCUAAACUGCAGCCUGUCACUGAAGUGAGGAGCCGUAUUCAGCAAGGCCUGAUUUCAAUUGCGGCACGCACAGUCAUAUCCCACCUGGUCAACCACCUGGGUCACUAUCCGAUGAGUGGUGGUCCAGCCACUCUUACCAGCCAGGUAUGCGAGAACCAGGAUAACCCAUACAGCGAGAGUGCAGACCUGACCCCUGAGCUUUUCGACGCACCCAACUUGCAGUUCUUCGUGCUCAAUGGCACCACCCUGCUGUCCUAUCUACAGAUCCGGGCAGAGGACGGUCUGCCCGGUGGCGGGAUGUCAGCAGGCCUCACCACCACCAGUGCCUGCGUUCGGGUGAUCGUGAGGGACAUUUCCGGAAAACACUCCUGGGACUCAGCUAUACUCUAUGGUCCACCUCAAUGCAUCACUCCUAGUCAAACUGUGCACCACUACUCUAAUCAAGCAGGGGGUGGUAGAGAACGUGGCCAAGAUGAGGACAGUCUAGAAAGAGGCAGUCAAGAAGAACCAGAGGAUGGAGCUUUUCAGGAGAAUGAAGAGGACCUAGAUGAGGAAGAGGGGAAAGAAGACAGGGAAGAGGAAGAACUUGAGGAAGUGGAUGAAGAGGAAGAGGCAGGGUUGGAACUAAUGGCUCCACAGGCCAAACGGCGAUGCAGAGAGGUGAUCCCAAACUGGGACUCCUUGCAGGAUGGGGAGGACGCCCUGGAUGAGAUGCUGCAGUACCUGGGAUACUCCAGCCCAGAGUGCCUACAACGCACUGGCACACCCCUCAACAUUCCAGCCCUGCCGCCCACUUGCGUGUCUGAGAAGCAAGAGAAUGAUGUCAUCAAUGCAAUCCUGAAGCAGUGUGCCGAAGAGCGGGACUUCGCACUCUAUCGUGGGAAUGACCUGAGCAUGAGGGCUGUAGUGCAGCAAGAGCCAAGCCCACAGAGACCCCAGUCAGCCUUCUACUACUGCAAACUGCUCCUCAACAUACUGGGCAUGAACUCCUGGGAAAAGAGAAACAGUUUCCACCUGCUGAAGAAGAACGAAAAACUACUGAGAGAGCUGAAGAAUCUGGAUUCAAGGCAGUGUCGUGAAACACACAAGAUUGCGGUGUUUUACGUGGCAGAGGGGCAGGAAGACAAGCACUCAAUACUGUCCAACACCGCCGGGAGUCAGGCCUAUGAAGACUUUGUGUCAGGCCUGGGCUGGGAGGUGAACUUAACGAGUCAUUGUGGUUUCAUGGGCGGCCUGCAGAGGAACAAGAGCACGGGUUUGACCAUGCCCUACUUCGCCACUUCUACAGUUGAAGUCAUGUUCCACGUCUCCACACGCAUGCCUCCGGACUCCGACGACUCGCUCACUAAAAAGUUAAGACACCUGGGUAAUGAUGAAGUGCAUAUCGUGUGGUCCGAGCACUCGCGGGACUACCGGAGAGGCAUCAUUCCUACUGAGUUUGGAGACGUGCUCAUCAUCAUCUACCCCAUGAAGAACCACAUGUACAGCAUCCAGAUCAUUAAAAAACCCGAGGUGCCAUUUUUCGGUCCCUUGUUUGAUGGAGCCAUAGUGGAUGGAAAUAUCUUACCCACAGUGGUGCGAGCCACAGCCAUCAACGCCAGCAGAGCUCUGAAAUCCCUCAUCCCUCUUUACCAAAAUUUCUACGAAGAGAGAGCAAGGUAUCUGGAGACGAUAGUCCAGCACCACUUGGAACCGACAACAUUUGAGGACUAUGCGGCUCGUGUUUUCUGCCCUGCACCUUUCCACCAUCUUCCCUCCGAAGCAGGCUCAUGCCUCGAGAGUCAGCUGGCAGAAAGUCCAGCAAUGCAGGUAGACGGGAGCGACUUAGCCUCGCCAAUAUCACCUCGUGCUAGCAAGAGCCGGAUGUCCAUGAAGCUUCGCCGUUCCUCGGGCUCUGCCAACAAGACUUGACCUGAGUGAGCAAACACACACUUCACUCCAUUCGCGCUCACGCCAGAACUCCGCCCACUGCACUGUCAGAGACAAACCACACCCUCUCGCCUGCGGUAGCCACACCCCCAAUGCUGUCUGACUCCCCCCAUUCAGAGCCAGAGUGAUCAACAACGACUGAAAUGUUUCUUUCUUUUUUUUUUUGUCAAUCGCUGAUGGAUAUUGUGUUGCGUUUUACCUUAAAUAACUUCCUUUACUGUUGUCGUAGCUGGUGCCACUGUAGCUGCCUACUACUCAAGAGUGCCAGUGAUCAUAAAAAAAAAUAAUAAUCAUACGAUAAUGUUUCUUUUUGAUUGCCAUCAUAUCAACCACCACUUUUUAGAUUUGUGCAGAAGACGCGGUAAUUGAUGGCGAAAGAAGUGUCCGAAAACAUGUUGUGGAGCAGAUUUGCGUUUUCGCUUCUAAUGUGGAACAUGUUUUAUAUAACAUUGACACUCACAUUUGUUUGUUUAUUUGCUGGUUUUCUUUAUGGAUGACGGUUUAUUGCAAUUUGUAAAUUCAGUUUUCGCUUCGUUAGAAUGUUACUGAUUUUUUUAUGUUGAUGUUAUACUGAACCGCCCCUUUGUCAUUUGUAACGGUUAUUUGUGUGUGUGUGUGUGUGUGUGUGUGUGUGUGUGUGUGUAUAUAUCUAUAAAUAUAAAAUAUAUACAUAUUUAAUGUAUGUGUAUAGUGUAUGAACAGUAUCUGAUCUGUGUACAUAUUUACCAAUAUUUAAAUCAACCAAAAAAACAAAGUGAAACGGCCACUUAGAACAAGUCAAAGAACAAGUCUUCAGCUUGAAUGUCUGUCUGUAUGGCUAGAUUUUUGCUGGACUCUGUCUUGUUAUUUUCGUUUCAUUGCACAGCAGCCUUAGAGACGAGCCCAUGCAGGUUUAUCAGCUCAUUUACAGAAUAAAUCAUUUGACUGCAAUGCUCUUUUUGAUUCACCUCGUCUUAGAUGGGAUUUUUAAGGAAAGUGUGAAUGAGUUGCCACAUUAACAGGUCUUGCAGGGAGACGGCAAUGUUGCCAAAUUUAACUGAACUACCCACUUCAGGACUUUUUAAGCUAGUUCAACAGUGCACAUGGCAUGUUUUCAGACAACUGGACAGCCUUUAAUGUAAUCAUGUCCUGUUUUUGUUUUUUUUUCUUUCUAAACAUGUAGAUGUGGAAGUGUACAAAAAAAAAGUCUUCGACACUAGCUUUGGUCUGCACUUUUCCGUUUAAUUUUGACCGUUUAAGGGAUAUAAGGGUAUCUGACCCUGUAGAUGACGGAUGCAAGUUAUUACUGUUGCCAUGUUUAAGAUAAAAUCAAGUUUGUAUAUUUUCUUGAAAGCUAUGCGAGACUUCAUGGGGUCAGAUUUUAUUAUUUUCUUUUUAAUUUGAAUUUAUCAGAAAGAAAAAAAAAUACUUGUGGAGUUGAAAUCAUGCAGCACCCUUUCUGGAUUGAAAUUAUAAAGUGUAUAUUAAAGGCCUGCACACAAGCAACUGAGACCUGUACGUAAUUUCAAGAGGAAAUAAACAUCCUCAUGGGUAGAUUUUGUGUAUGUUACUACUGAUCAAAUGCUGCAUGAUUCCAGGACUAACUGCAUGUGUUGAUAAAACAGCUGCACACGCACAGAUCCACAAUAUUGUCACAUGCUAGUAACUCUGUACAUUUGUAUCGGAUGUUGAAGGAGAGUGGAUGUGCAACUACAAUUAAGAAUAAAAAUAUUCUUACAACAUA